CAAACAUGUUUUAGCAGUGUCACACUACGUCAACCAAUGGUAAUUUGUAGGUGAAAAUGAUUCGGCUGCUUAGCAACAGAGCAAAUGAUGCGUGGAGGAGGAAAGCAUCUCUGUUGAGCCCGACACAGCUUCUCUUUCAAUCCAUAUUACAUGUAAACGUCAGCGAUGGGUUCGGCUCGCAAACUGACACACACGGUUCUUAUGAUUGUCGUGAUCGGCGUGUUGGCCGUGGUUUCUGGCCACAGUCCACGCACGGUGGAUCAGGUGUCGGAGGCAGAUAUCCAGCGCCUGCUGCACGGUGUGAUGGAGCAGCUGGGUAUCGCAAGGCCCAGGGUCGAGUAUCCUGCGCACCAGGCCACCAACAUAGUGGGUCCUCUUAGUAUCCAAGGUGGUGCCCACGAGGGACUUCAACAUCUUGGACCAUAUGGGAACAUCCCUAACAUUGUUGCAGAGUUAACUGGAGACAAUGUUCCCAAAGACUUCAGUGAGGACCAUGGUUACCCCGACCCCCCAAAUCCUUGCCCUCUCGGAAAAACUGCUGUUGAUGGAUGUUUAGAAAAUUCGCCAGACACUGCGGAGUUCAGUCGGGAGUUCCAGAAACAUCAGCACCUAUUUGAUCCAGAGCAUGACUAUCCUGCCUUAGCAAAAUGGAACAAAGAGCGGUUGUAUGAAAAACUGAAGGGUGGGCCCAAAAGAAGAAAAAGGAGUGCAAAUCCAUAUCUGAUGGGACAGAGGCUGGAUAAUGUUGUGGCUAAGAAAUCAGUGCCACAUUUCCCAGAGGAAGAUGAAGUUGAAACUGUUACAAGCAGUAUCAAAACCUGAACAUUAUGUUGUUCAUUAAUCUGUAUUAUAAUAAAAAAUGACAUACAGUAUCACAGUAAAGAUAAUAUUAAAAUAUGUGCAACAUUUAAUUAAUCUGAUUAUUAACACAGCAGGAAAUGGUGAUUGUAAAAAAAUCUAUUGGCAGAGUUUAUUGUUCAUUUUAAAUUAAAAAUGAUAUAUACGUUCAUGUGCA